AAACUGACGUCAGACGGUCAGACUCAGACCGGUCAGGAAGUUCAGUCAAAACUUCGGAUGUUUUGGUCUUUGUAAAGGUAUGGAGACGUCCGUGGAAGGCAUCAUCGACCCUUUGAAGUUAACGUCGUUGAGUGAUAUUAAAGAAGCUUAUGACAGAUUGUGCCAAGAAGAGGUAGCAGUAGCUGAACGUUUAGAAUGGAGUGUUGGAAAUCGUCAUCACUUGGAAGCAAGACUUUCUCAACUUGCUCGUUUAGUACCAACAUUGCAGCUAGUCCAGGCUGAUGCAAGACAACUAGAAAACACAAUUUCAUUUACUCAUCAACUUGCAAAUAAUGUUUCUGCAAAAGUUAGACAGUUAGAUCUUGCAAAGAGUAGAGUUGUCGAUACUCAGAAAAGAGUUGGAGACUUGCUUGAUCUAGAGGGAUGCAGUGGUGGUGUGGCUACAGCUCUUGCACAGGAAGACUAUGAAACAGCUGCAGCUCAUAUUCAUCGCUUCUUAGCUAUGGAUGAAACUCUUCUUUUACAUACUACUGAUUCUGCAAGUAAAGCUGAAAGUGUUGAAACUUGGUUUGACCGUCUUCGUCAAGCUGAAAGAGAACUUAGCGCUACAAUAACUCGCAAAUUUGAUGAUGCUGUUAAGAGGGAAGACAUGGCUAGUGUUGACAGGUUUUUCAAAUUGUUUCCUCUAUUAAACAAACAUGAGGAAGGUCUUAAGAAAUUUACAACUUAUCUGUGUGCUGAAAUUCAAGAAAAAACUGCCCAGAAUCUAACGAAAGCCCAAAAUCUUGGUCCAAAAGAAAAGCGAUCACAUGUUAUUUGGGCUGACACCAUCACAUUACUGUUUGAGGGUAUUGCAAGAACUGUUGAAAUCCGGCAGCCAAUCAUUGAAACUUAUUAUGGUCCUGGCCAUUUGUCAUUAGUGUUGGAAAUGCUGCAAAGAGAGUGUGACCGUCAAGCUGGGAGAAUUGUAUCUGAAAUGCGAAAACACAGAAGACUAGAUGCUGUUGUAUCAUCUGUCCGAGAUUCAAUAAGGUCAGGUGGGGGUAAAGAUGCCAGGAUAGAUCUACCAGAUCCAAGAGAUUUAGAUACACUACUUGGAGAACUGACAUUGAUGAAUGCUCGUUCAGAACUUUACCUCCGGUUCAUCAGGAGACGAGUAGCUGCUGACUUCGAAGCUUCUAUCCCAGACAAAGUUGAGAGAGAGAAGCAGGAGGCAGCAUUUGAAGCAAAGCUCUCCCAUACGCAGCUCAUAUGUGACAUGGCUGUGAUUGUUGGAGAUUACACAAUACUUGAGCAGUUCUAUCUUAAUGAAUCUUUCAAGAAAGCCGUAGCUAUGGAUACAGUAGAAGAAAAAGCUAAAACAUCGUCUUUAGUCGAUGAUGUAUUUUACAUUAUCAAAAAGAGUGUAAGGCGUGCCAUUGCUUCAAGCAGUGUCGAUGGGGUUUGUGCAAUGCUCAAUCAUGCUGUCACGCUAAUUGAGACACAACUAGCUGGUGGAUUUAAUCAGACUUUAAGAAAAGGUUUCCCUGCCCAAGGUUAUUUAGAUUUUAAUCAGGCUUACACUGUUUUACAGUCAUCUUUACAGUCAACUCUACAGGCAGGCAAAAUAAAUUCUUCAACUACUGACUUUGAUGCUCUUAGACAAGCUUUUUUGACUGCUUUGAACAACGGUGAGACAAGUGUGCGCCAUGUGAGGAGUUUACACCAAACACUUGAGGAGAACAUCUCUGGUGCCAUGGUUGGUCUUACUCCAACCUCAAGAGCCAAGUUAGAGUCUUGUUUAAAUGACCUUAAAUCAACAACUGGUAGAUUGGGUAUGAUAGUUGAAUUUGGGAUCUCCCAGCUACGAGCAACUGCAGUAAAGCCUCGUGUGAAGCCAUGGGUUGAUACUUUUACCACCACAUCCCAUGACAUAAAAGAGGAGGAGUUUGCUUGUUAUGAAGCAAAUGAUCCCUUCAGCCAGACACUGAUGGUGCAAGUUGAUGGUUUACUAGGUUCUUUUGUUCCACUGCUCACAGAAGAAAAUUACAAAUCACUGGUAUCUGUUCUUGUAGCAGAGGUUGCUGCACAACUUGAGAAAGCAGUUUUGAAAACUACAUUCAAUAGGCUUGGUGGCUUACAACUUGACCGUGAAGUAAGAGCCAUUGUAGGAUAUUUGUCUCAAGUAUCAGAAUGGGGUGUAAGGGAACAGCUGACUAGGCUCACACAGAUGGCAACACUUCUAAACCUGGAAAAUUUAGCUGAGGUUUCAGAGUAUUCCAGCACAACAACCUGGAGAUUAACACCCUCUGAAAUGCGAAAAGUUUUACAGCUUAGAGUGGAUUUCAAAGCAGAUGAGAUAAAGAAGCUCAAGCUGUAAGAGACAAAAUUUUUUUUUUUUUUUUUGUAAUAUUUGCUUUCUUUGUUGCUACUUAGAUGCCCUGCAUAUUUAUCUGUUUACAUAACAUUCCUAUUUUAAUUGUCUGAAGUGUUUUGACAAAUAUUCUUUAAAGCUUUUUGUAUCUUCUGAAGGCAAAUAUAUAUAUAUUUACUGUAAAUAUUUACAUGUAAA